AUGCUGGCCGGAAGCGGUAAAACAAAUCAGGCUCCUUCGUCUGGUGCAAACAAUCGUCCCCAGGUCCCGCCGCUGAAAGGACAAGGACCAUUCAACCAACCUGGCAAGAAAGGACAUGGCUCGACUCAUCGCGGCCUUCAGAAUUCCUCGUCGUUGUUUCCACCUCCGUCCUUGUUUACCAAUGAUCACCUCACUUCAACCUCAUUUCAGAACAUGACUCACAUCAAGAAAGAACUUGACUUGCGUCAAACCAUUAAGGAGGAACAAGAUGAAGAUGCAAGUGAUGAGAGUGACGCUAUUUGUGGUGGACUCGGUAAUGUCGCUGGGAGCGGCACAGGAGGGCGCACUUUUAAUCAAAGGGGAGCUUUUCCACAUGGCCGUGUAGGAGCGCCUGGACCUUCUUCAUCUACUAGUACUAGGCUCAUCAAGCAAGAACCGAUGCUGCAUCUCGAAGGGCAGCACAAUACGGCUGCAGUGGAAGACACACAUCAAAAGAAUUCGACUGGAGGAGUAAAGCUUUUUACUGAAUCCAAGGUAAAGGAAAUUUCUCAGAUGUCUCCAUCUUCUCGACAGCAGUUUAUUAGCAGCACCAAGGCCUUUGGAGUGAGUGCUGCUCCAAAGAGAACGCUGGCAAAUCCUAACUCGUUUCUUCUUCCAACCGAGACUCUGUACAUGCCGGUGCAGGUCGCUGCUACAACGACAAAGCCAACGGAGACUGUGUUGUGGGGUCGCAAAGAUGGAAAACAGAAAUCAAGUCUAGGACCGGACCCCGAUUGUUUGCUCAUUGUCAACGGAGGAGCCAAAAUCCUGGGAAAGACCGCGCACAAUCUUAUCAUUUUAAGACGUUCGUGAUUUGCUUACUAGAAGACUAUCGUCCUAAAUAAAGUUAUAGUGUGGUCGUCAAUCACCACAAUAAAUAGACUCCUGAUGCCUAAAGCUUCAACUUUUCAAACGAAGUUGUCUAGUGCUCGCGCAUCUAAUUCCGCAGGAUUUGGCGAAAAGCAAAGCGUUGACACUACCAGGAUGGUACUUGAACAAUAAAGCUUUGGAAUUGCAGAAGGAAGAUUGCCGUGGUGAUCCUUUUGGAGUUCCUGGGAGCCAGUCCUCAGUUGCAAGCUACAUGAGCCUCGCCGCACGUUCUGACUCGAACGCCUUUUAAGGAUGUUGCACUACUCGAGCUUCUUAAUCUUGUCAGUAAUCACAUUAAUCAUCUUCAAAAAACUACUUCGCUUUGCUUUCUUUCCUGUGGAGUACAGACCAAGCCACAUCAUUUCUUCUUUUUCUAAAUUGAUGCGUCUGGGCUGCACACUCCAGUUACAGGAGCAGAUAUUCUCGCGGAGCAAGAGCCUACGUGUCACUUGAGGGCAGACCACGGAGCACCGGGAGAGAUCAAACUAGCCAGGCGAGCUUUCGACAAAUUUGAUUAAGAAACGCUUCGAAGAAUAGUUGUGCUUGUGCUACUAGUACGAACUAACUUCAUCAGUCACUCUGCUCAACAUAGUAGAAAAAGUUCUUUGCAGGUUUUCCCUUCCUUCCGAAGUUCGUUGUUCUCACAAAAAUACAUCAUGUCCUCCUUCAUAAUACAAGCAAGCGAAUCCUUCAACUGAUUAAUAUACAUGAGCAAGGUUUUCCCAGUCUUUUCUAAUUUCGGGGCAGCAUGAUCCUGCCGGAAUACGGGUACAUCAUGCAGCCUACAUCUGUCAGCGGUAUGCUUUACGAGGUUCAUCACCAUUUUACGGCUUAUCUUUUAACAUCAUCUAGGGGCUCCUUGAAGAUGGGUCAAGGGGCCGCUGCUUUCGCCGUCAGUCAUCUCGUCGCUUGCGGCAGUUUUGAUGUUGCAGUCGCAAGAUCAUCAUGAAACUCACCUAGAAGAUGAGAGAGCGCGUUUAUUACUAAGUAUCGCCUUGUGUCCCCUAUCGAGUUUGUCGUCACGCGGCCAGUGAAGAGGUCCCUGCUGGCUCAGGAGAAUCCUGCUUUAUUGGAUGGGCUACCUGCAGGCAAUCAGACACUCAUUUAAGGAGACCAUAUUAGAUUAUCACUCUGACACUUGCGAACGGAAGCAAAAGUUACUAGUAGUAUCUCAGCAUAAUCGUGCGCGUUUGUGUCUUCAUAUAAUUCAUGACUCACGUCUCUAUCAAUCUCUAAUGUGUCAGUCCUCCGAUGCCGCAAGAAGUGUCAGCAGAAUACUGGUGCUCGGAGGAGAACAAGACCAAAGCCACAUCGUUCAUUCUUCCUGGACCGGUAACCAGAGCUAACAGCUCGUCGCCAUGGCAUGGAGUUUCGAAAGCAUGCUUGCCACAGAAGAUUUUUUCUGAUCUUCACGGGAAACAGAAUCAAGAUAACCAGGAACCUGGAAAGAAAAUGGUUACCGUGGGGACGCAAACAGACGUCUUGCUACCACCAAAUCAAACCGUCACUUUUUUGGUAUGUUAAUUUAUCUACUUUUUUUACAAUGAUUUGAUGCCGCUCAGUAUUAAGUUGCGAAACAUGAUAACUACAAGAAAAUACUAAUUAUAUUCUUUCAGACGAUCACCUAUGGUUUCUUGUUUAUUCGCCUCAGGUUCAGUCAGGACCGACUGGCGAUUGGAAAAAUUUUACGAAGAAGGAUGAUGAGCAAGGAAAGAAGAGCCAUUAUCCAGUGGAAACGUCUACCUUCGUAACCUCUCGUGACAAAUCUAACGCAUUUGGCUUUCCUGGUUGUUUCACGUUUGGCGAAGGACGUUCUUCUCUAGAUCACAACAAGACUGAGGUCCCUGAUGCCUCUGGUGGUGCGCCAGCAACAAGCGACGAAGCGAAGAUAUCAAGCCACAGCAGUGUUGUCGUGGUAACGAACUUUAUUUGUUUGUGAGUAGUUUAUUGUUAUUAAUGUUGUUAGCAAGUAGAAUAUAGUGCUCGUUAGUUUUCUUCUCAUCCAUUUGAUAGAAAUUUUCUUUGUUGAUCAUGAUAAUUCCAUGCCACUUCUACCUUUUUUACACUAUCCUUUCACAGAAGAGCGAGCUGCAAGAUGAUGACGCAACUACCGGAAACGAGCAAUUUGACUACCAAAAAUACGCGAGGACUAAUUUGCCGUCGUUAUCUCUUGGCGAUUUGAGCAACGUGAUCCAGGAAUGGCUGGUGGGAAUGGAGAAGCUUCUGAUUAGUAAUGCCAGGCAGAACAUGCGACUUGCUGAUCUUGACCGUUGUCUCAACCAGCGAAAGAGCCUCACCGAGGCUCUCGACGCAGCUCUGGAUAAACUGAAGAAGAAUUCAGCCAAGGCCGAGAAAGACGAGCUUUAUUAAGGCGAGUCUUUCGCAAGUGCGUCUCUGUUGUACUGGUAGCGUAGAGCUACCUUACUUUUAUUUGGUCUCUCUCCUUUUGUGAUCUUCAUCAACCGUCAAGACCUCCUACGAGUAGGAAACGAAGUAAAUAAAACUGGCGCCAGAACCUUCACUAUUAUACAUGCUGACGUAAUUGAAGAUCUUCCUCACCGCCUCGGUUCUUACUAAAAUAAUUGCCUCUCUAACUUCGCCAGACGCACAAGCCACUCACUACAAAGCUGUGGAAAAUGUACAAAAGGCUGGUGAACAAAAAAAGAAGCUGCAACGAACAUGGUAAACAGGUGAUCGAUGCCGAGGAGAAUGCCACUCCUCCAGCUGAGGACAGUGUCGACGAAGAAGAUAAGAAGAAAAAUGAAGAAACUGCAAACAAGGACUCGAAGAGGAUUCCUGCUGCAUCUCCACCGUCCUCUGCAAAAGCCUCUGAAGUUGAAGAUGAAGAAGCUGCUGUUGAAAGUGAAGAACAACAAACCGGUGCCGCCAAAAUGAAGAUGAAGACUGUAAUGAAAAAGGACGACACGCAGACAACAGGCAUGAAGAAGACAACCAUGAAGAGAAGCAAGAAAGAUGGCGAAGACGAUCAAGGAAGCAAAUCCAUGAAGACAGCAGUGAACCAGAAGGGCGCGCCCUCUUCUAGCAGUAGCAGUUCUACGACCACCACGGGCAUGAAGAAAGAAGGAGGCCCUGGCAGCUCAGGCAACGCUUCUAGUUCGACAUCGUCUAAGAACAACAAGAACAGCGCAUCUUCUAAGGCUCCGGAGAAAAAGCCAGCUGCAUCAAUGAAGGCUGCAGUGAACAAAGGGAAAAAUAUGAAAAAAGAGCAGGUGAGCACGAUGAAAAAAAGCAUGAAGAAGCAGUAAUACUUUUAAGUACGUAGACUAAUUUUCUCUUUGAUGGAAUACUGGUGUGUCCUACGUAGUAGCUGCGUAUGUGACUGAAUGAGUGAAGUAGAAACUAGAGUAGGCAGAUUCUUACCGAUGUCUUUGAGCUCCUCGCUGGCCAAAGAUUAUGUGACAUCCUCAGCAUCAAAAUGGUAGGUGUUACAGCGUGGUAACGUGAUGCGUAGUAGUUUGAUGUCGAAGACCUCUUAUAUCUUGCCAGCCCCAGCCCUACAUCGUCAUCACCUUGCUCAACUAUUAUAGUUAUAUUGUUGUAUAAGAUAUGUUUAUUGUCUGUACUCACAGGGCCAGCCACGCUCUUCUCAUAAAGCGUUUUUUUAUGAAUAAGCUGCUCCUGCAGCAUUUUGCAAGAAUUCCUCCGAUGUGGUCGUCUACUAAAGAACACCUCUUCUGCAAGUAGUGAAAGAGGUUGCUAGUAUUUUCAUACUACUAGUUGGAUAACAAUUAUGGCGAGUGAUAGUACGUAAACUACAGUGCCAGGAUAUAUAGUUUUUAGUGUAAGAACUAAUCCCUCACACAUAUUAAAGAGCUAGGAGGCCGUCUGGCUCCCAGAGAAUGUAGCGUAACUGUCUUUGAUAAUUUAGGUAGCAACUAGCCACAGUGACGCGAAUGCUUUGGUGAAGUGCUAGUCUGUUUUGAUUUGAUGGGUGUUCUUCUGUUCUUGGCUGAUGAAUAUCUCUUGUUCACAUUGAACUUCCUCUUCCUCGCCGCGUUGUUAUUUUUCGUGAUGCUUUGUAUGCUAGAUUGAUUGCGUGAUAUGCAACAUUUGUUGCGCGUCACCAUCAGCUUACGCGAGCACCUACUAGUAAUCGUUUCUUCCUCCUCCUCCAUUGAUACGAAGUACAUCAUGAAGACUCUUUUUCGCUUUUUACAUCGUCAGGAGUAUUUUCAUCAAUAAAGACUGUGAAGCAUGAAGACGAAUCGGCAAAAAACCUAAUACAUAUCCCCCCCUGAGUAUACCAAUAUCUCACUACCUUGAAAUAUACUAUCUGUUGCUAAUACAUAAAAAGCAUCUAGCGAGGCUGCGGCAAGUAUUCGUGUUCAUUCAGAAGGCUCAGCGUGGACAGGAGAUCGCUCAAAUUGUUCGACGUUUCUGAACUGGCAAAUCGUGAAAAAUCAAAUACCACGAGGAAGAUUAUCUGAUAGAGCAGAAGAGUAAGUGACCACACCACAGGAGCCCUGACAUUUAUACACUAUCGUUCAAGUUAAUUGCGCAUGCGUAUGAGAGACGAGUAGAAGGCGCACGUUCCAGACGAGGGAGCUCGGCGCUCUUUGCUUCGUAAAGAGUUCGUGGGCUCUGAUCCGCACGCAGCAAGUUCUUAUCAGAAUUCCAUGCAGUUUUUCGAUUAAAGUAUAGCUCUUGGCUCUUCGAGUAGUUUUUUAUGGUCAGCG